AUGGCCGCCAUGCCUGCUGCCACCAUCUACCCCCAGAGCCACGUCGGUUUCGACAGCAUCACGUCCCAGAUCGAGCGCAAGUUGCUCAAGCGUGGCUUCCAGUUCAACGUCAUCUGCGUCGGCCAGACGGGUCUCGGCAAGUCGACCUUGAUCAACACCAUCUUCGCCUCGCACCUCAUCGAGUCCAAGGGCAGGUUGCUCCCUGACGAGACCAUUCGCUCCACCACCGAGAUCCAGUCCGUUUCGCACAUCAUCGAGGAGAACGGCGUCCGCCUCAGACUCAACAUUGUCGAUACCCCCGGCUAUGGCGACCUCAUCAACAACGACAGGUGCUGGGACCCUAUCGUCAAGUACAUCAAGGACCAGCACUCGGCCUACCUCCGCAAGGAACUCACUGCCCAGCGUGAGCGCUACAUUCAGGACACGCGCAUCCACUGCUGCUUGUUCUUCAUCCAGCCAUCGGGUCACUCCCUUAAGCCCAUCGAUAUUGUCGUGCUCAAGAAGCUCUCUGAUGUUGUCAACGUCGUUCCCGUCAUCGCCAAGUCCGAUUCCCUGACUUUGGAGGAGCGCAUGGCUUUCAAGGAGCGCAUCAAGGAGGAGUUUGCUUUCCACAACCUCAAGAUGUACCCCUAUGACAACGAGGAAUUUGACGACGAGGAGCGUGCUGUCAACAGCCAGAUUAAGAGCUUGAUUCCUUUCGCCGUCGUCGGUUCCGAGAAGUCAAUCAUCGUCAACAACAAGCAAGUCCGCGGCCGCCAGAACCGGUGGGGAGUGAUCAACGUUGAGGACGAGACCCACUGCGAGUUUGUCUACCUCCGAAAUUUCCUCCUCCGUACCCACCUCCAGGACCUCAUCGAGACGACAUCUCAAAUUCACUACGAGACCUUCCGCGCCAAGCAGCUCUUGGCCCUCAAGGACCCCAGCGCCCAGGGCCACGGCAGCAGACCCAUCAGCCCGGCUGCUGACCGCGAGAUGAGCCGCAGCUCGCAAAGAAUGACCAUGAACGGCUACUAA